AUUUUCGUUUUUAAUCUUUAAUUUCCCAACCCCUGCGAUAGCUCCCUUGUACCAUCUCUCUCUCUCUCUCUCUCUCUCUCUCUCUCUCUCUGUGUAUUUAUACUAUACAGUGAGUCUAUACUCUUAUCCUCUUUCUCUGUCUCGCUUACCAUCUACAUCUGCAAGCGCACUCCAUUAUCAUCUAAAGGCCUUAGACCAGAGAGGGAGGGAGGGAAUAGGAAGCUGUGUAGAUAGAGAAAGAGAGACAGACAAAAAGAGGAACAAAUCAUUUCUUCACAUUCCUCUGUCUGCUUCAUUCAUGGGUUGCUCUGCUUCAAGACCCAGCACGCUUGUCGCGGAAAUCAGUGAGCAACCCUCUUCUUCUUCUUCUUCCUCCUCCUCUUCUUCUUGUUCGCAUGUUUCUUCACAGCAGUCUCCAGUACCAGUCACCAGAACAUUUUCUCUUCCGACGCCUCUAGUCCACCACCCGCCCCUCUGCAAAGGCGACACCCAUCACCUUGUUUCCCUCACCUCCACCACCUACGGUUCUCUCCUCCUCCUCAACCCCACAAACCCUAACCCUAGCUUGAGCGGGCAGGACCGUUCUCCGUCUCCAUCCCGCUGCGUCGCCGGCAAAACCCUAUCCGCGACAGACCCAAAAGAGUCCUUGUCUCCAGACUCUGUCAUCAACACUUGGGAACUCAUGGAUGGCCUCGACGACCUCGAUUUAGGUUCGGAGCAGAUUGAACCCCUGAAGAAACCCACUUCGUUUCAGCCUCAGAAUCGUAAUGUGUCUGUGGAGAAACUCUGCGAUUCGUUUGAAUCGGCGAAAUUUUCAGAUUUGCCGGAGAAACCACCGUCGAAGCCAUUGUGGAAGCACUUGUCCGAGGAAUCCAUGCUUGCGAAGAUGGACGCAAACGUGGUUUCGAGUUAUCUGCGAGCAUUGUCGUCCAGGCAAUUCGGGUUUAAGCAGUCUAAACCAAGUAGAUCAGUGCCGUCUUCUACUUUGCCUUCUCCAUUUUCCAUUAACCGGUUUCAUUUGCCCGGUGCAGAAGAUAGAAUUGUUUUGUACUUCACUAGCUUGAGAGGAAUUAGGAAGACUCAUGAAGAUUGUAGUUCAGUUCGGAUGAUCCUCAGGGGAUUUCGAGUUGCAGUAGAUGAGAGGGAUAUUUCAAUGGAUUCGGCAUAUAGAAAGGAAUUGCAGAGUGCGGUUGGAGGGAAAAUGGUGAGCUUGCCGCAGGUGUUUAUUAGGGGGAAGCAUAUUGGAGGUGCAGAUGAGAUUAAACAACUUCAUGAGCUUGGAGAAUUGCAGAAACUUUUGGAAGGAUUUCCGGUUCGGGAUCCAAAAUUUGUUUGUGAGGGCUGUGGGGAUGCAAGAUUCAUGCCAUGCCCAAAUUGUAAUGGUAGUCGAAAGGUGUUCGAGGAAGAAGAAGAACAAUUGAAAAGAUGCCCUGAAUGCAAUGAGAACGGUUUGGUUCGGUGCCCCGGGUGCUGCUCCUGAGUGAUACUGCUGAUCAGUGAUCACAGACAUCUUUGCUGCUGAUUAGAGACAUCUUUUAGCAUUUGCUGCAAGAAUUUCCAAUGAAUGCCAUUUCUGUAAUGCCAUGAAUCUCUAUCUAUUUUGAGUUUUGUUUGAAACAUUUAUCUAUCUUAUUUGUCUAUAUGGUUCAGCAGUUGGUACUGUUCUUCAUUGUCCACCUGAGCACCAUGAAUAAAGAUAAACUUUUUUGCCUCA